UUCACUAAAAACCCAGCCCAAUUUGCCUCAACUUCAGAAUUGGACUCAUUCCCAAACAAAAUCUAUAUCUGUAUCUAUCUAUCUAUAUAUCUAUAUAUAUAUAUAUAUAUAAUACUAUUGCAUUGCAAUGAUAACGCCGACCUCAACUCACUCAUCCUAAUUCCCUCUCUCUCUCUCUCUGAUUUUUUCUCUCUCUAAACUUUGAUUAUAUUUCUCUAUGUGUAUAUAUUUUGAUAUAAUUGCUAAAAAUUAUCGUUAAGUUUAUGGAAAGUUUAUAAUAUAUAAUAUUGGGUUUUGGUGUAUCUUAACAUCGACGACUCUUCCUGAGCUUUGUCGAUCCCUAUUUCAGAGAACACCCAUCUCCGAUUGAUUGAUUUCUCGAUCUCACUAUAAGAUUUUCCCGCCCAAUUUUCUCUCACUUUCUUACCCAAUUCGAUUCUAUCUCUGUUGGGUUGGUGCAGAGUCUCUCUCUGCUCGUCGGAUUUUGGAGCAAUUAGGGUUUCGAAUCGAGGGAAUUAGGGUUUUUGGACGAUGAUAAUCAAGCGGAACUUGAAAUCGGUAAUGCCGACUCUGAAGCGAUGCAGAGUCAGCGAAUCGAAUGGUGAAGACGAUGAGAGUUCCGUGAAUAGGAAGAAACGGAAAGUUAACGGCUAUUACCCUCUGCAUCUUCUCGGAGAGGUCGCCGUCGGUGUAAUUCCGUUCACCGGCUAUGGCGGCGACAAGGGGUUUUCCGGCAUAGCCGCGGCGGCGGCGUGGUGUAAGGAGGUAUCAGAAGUGGAAUCGAAAUUGAAAAGUGAGGAGAAGGUGGUGAAGGAAUUGAACAAUCCAGUGCCCGAGGCUUCUUCGAGGACUCCGCUUGUGAGGACUUCUCGAGGGCGUGUUCAGGUACUUCCUUCUCGAUUCAAUGAUUCAAUUCUUGAUAAUUGGAAGAAAGAUAGUAAAUCUAGUGUCAGAGAAUUGAGUUUGGACCCUGAAUUCACUCCUUAUAAAGAGAAAUUUAGCUUUAAAACCCCUAAAAUUCGCGGACAAAUAGCUAGUAAGGCCCGUAAUGGGGACAAAGUUAGCUAUCAAUGUCGUCAAUUACCACCAUUGUUAGGGAAUGGACAAGUUGUGUAUCAGAAGUCCAAGAAUUUUAAUGUUGGGAAGCAAUUGAGUUCUCGUAGUACCGUAUCAUUGCUCCAUGAGCGAUUUGUCGACGCAGAAAAAUCGCCAAUUGAGGAACCGGAGGAACCUAUAGAUUUGACUGACAUUAAUGGAUUGUUGGAGGAGGAUGGUGAGAAGAAAUGUGGGUUGUAUGGUCUGAAUGACUUUGUUUCUGGCGAUAUAGUUUGGGCAAUGUCAGGGAAGAACUAUCCUGCAUGGCCAGCUAUUGUUCUCGAUCCCAAAUCGCAAGCUCCCCAGCAAGUUCUGAGUUUUCGGGUCACCAAUGCUGUUUGUGUGAUGUUCUUUGGUUACUCUGGAAAUGGAACACAAAGGGACUAUGCUUGGGUUAAACGUGGAAGGAUAUUUCCGUUCAUAGAUUUUGUAGACAGGUUUCAGGGACAGACGGACUUGAAUGAUAGCAAGCCCAGCAAUCUUCGGUCUGCGAUAGAAGAGGCAUUUUUGGCAGAACAAGGUUUUACUGAGAUGUUAAUGGUGGAAAUUAAUGCAGCAGCUGGGAAUCUUUAUUAUUUAGAAUCUAUUCGUGGAGGAGUCCAGGAAGCUACUGAUUCAAAUCAGGAAUGCAACACUCAGAAGCAGUUAAAAAAAUCAAAACAUUCUUGUGGCAUUUGCAAGAAGAUCAGGAAUUAUUCAGACAGUGGCACUUGGGUACGCUGUGAUGGUUGUAAAGUUUGGCUGCAUGCAGCAUGUGACAAAGUUUCCCCCAAUUUUUCCAAGGAUUUGGCAGCCACUGAUUAUUACUGCCCUGAAUGCAGAGCAAAGUUCAAUUUUGAAUUAUCAGAUUCAGAAAACUGUCAGCCUAAAGUCAAAUAUUUAUGCAGAAAUAACAAGAAGAAUGUGCUGCCUGACAAGGUUAUAGUUGUCUGCUCAGGUGUGGAAGGCAUAUAUUUUCCAAGCCUUCAUUUAGUUGUUUGCAAAUGUGGAUCUUGUGGGACAGAAAAACAGGCACUUAACGAAUGGGAGCGACAUACGGGUUCAAAAGCAAAAAAUUGGAAGACUAGUGUCAGAGUAAAAGGUUCCAUGUUGCCACUGGAACAAUGGAUGCUGCAGAUAGCAGAGUAUCAUGCACGUACUGUUGUUUCUGUUAAUUGUCUUAAGCGCCCCUCAAUAAAAGUGCGAAAGCAGAAGUUGCUUACUUUUUUGCAAGAGAAAUAUGAGCCUGUUUAUGCCAAGUGGACAACAGAACGGUGUGCUGUAUGUAGAUGGGUUGAAGACUGGGACUACAACAAAAUUAUUAUAUGCAACAGAUGCCAAAUUGCUGUUCAUCAAGAAUGCUAUGGAGCACGAAAUGUUAAAGAUUUUACUUCAUGGGUUUGUCGAGCAUGCGAGUCACCUGAUAUCAAGCGGGAGUGUUGCCUCUGUCCUGUAAAAGGAGGUGCUUUGAAGCCUACUGAUGUCGAGUCAUUGUGGGUUCAUGUUACUUGUGCUUGGUUUCAACCUGAAGUUUCUUUCUCAAGUGAUGAAAAGAUGGAGCCUGCUGUUGGAAUCUUGAGAAUCCCAUCACACUCUUUUGUAAAGAUCUGCGUAAUCUGCAAGCAAAUUCAUGGUUCCUGCACACAGUGUUGCAAGUGUUCCACUUAUUACCAUGCAGUAUGUGCUUCAAGGGCAGGGUAUCGUAUGGAGUUGCAUUGCUUGGAAAAAAAUGGGAAACAAAUUACAAAAAUGGUUUCAUAUUGUGCUUAUCACAGGGCUCCAAAUCCCGAUACUGUUCUAAUCAUGCAGACUCCUCGAGGAGUUUUUUCCACCAAAAACCUUAUCCAAGACAAAAAGCGCACUGGUUCAAGGCUAAUUUCGUCGAACAGAUUGAAACUUCAAGAACCUCCAAUAAUGGAGAUCAAUGAGAUUGAGCCAAAUUCUGCUGCAAGAUGUCGAACCUUUAAAAGAUUGAAGAAUAAGAAGACAGGUGAACAGGCCAUUCCCAUAGCCCAUCGAGUGAUGGGACCUUGCCAUCAUUCUUUAAGUGCAAUACAAAGAUUGAAUGCAUUCAGAGAAAUAGAGGAGCCUAAAGCAUUUUCUACUUUCAGGGAACGGUUGCACCACUUACAGAGAACUGAGAAUGAUCGGGUUUGCUUUGGGAGAUCUGGAAUUCAUGGAUGGGGACUCUUUGCACGUCGAAACAUCCAAGAAGGAGAAAUGGUUCUGGAAUAUCGUGGUGAGCAGGUUAGGCGAAGUGUUGCAGAUUUGAGGGAGGCACGCUACCGUUUAGAAGGCAAAGAUUGCUAUCUGUUUAAGAUAAGUGAAGAAGUUGUAGUAGAUGCCACAGAUAAGGGAAACAUUGCACGCUUAAUCAACCAUUCAUGUAUGCCCAACUGCUAUGCAAGGAUCAUGAGUGUGGGUCAUGAUGAGAGUAGGAUUGUUCUAAUUGCCAAGACUAACGUAUCUGCUGGUGACGAGCUAACGUAUGAUUACUUAUUUGAUCCGGAUGAGUGUGACGAAUUCAAAGUCCCUUGCUUGUGUAAAGCUCCAAACUGCAGAAAAUUCAUGAAUUAGGAUAGGUACAGACUACAGAGAGAAUAUAGCCAUUGUUUCUCCACAAGGAGCACUAACCCAACCCUCGUUGAGAGGGAGACCUCACAGUUUGGUUAUUGAAUUUGUAGUUUUUCAGAGAAAUAUAUGUAUUUUAUUUGUUUUUGUUUUUGUUUUUUUAGCUUGUUUUGAUAAUUUUCAAGCUUAAUAAAAGCUAUAAAUUUUGCCCAGCUGUUUUUCGGCUCGAGGCGUCUUGACCUUGUGUAUAUUAUUUGAUGCAUUUUCAUCAUCUUUUUGGUUAAAAUUUCAUUUGUUCACUUAUUUUCCUUCA